CCUGGAUGUGACCACUAUGGCUCUCUCAGUGCUCCAGCGUGCCUGGAAACCACUUCUACGCCGCGCCUGGAGGCCACUGGCUUUUACGAAGCAAAGCACCGUCUCAAUCCCGGCCAACGAGAAAAUCGAGGAGGAGACUAUCCCAGGCUAUCUCGCGGCACGAUAUUAUCCUGUCAGGGUUGGAGAGAUCUUCCAGGACCGCUAUCAAGUCGUCGGAAAAUUGGGCUUUGGAAUCACCUCGACGGUGUGGCUGGCACGAGAUAUGAACGAAUGUCGGCAUGUAGCUCUGAAAGUCUACGUGCGAGCCGAAGCUAUAGAAGAUGAGCUAGGAACCGAGGUGGAUGUUUACAAACGAAUCGCAAAGUCUCCCAGUCACCAUCCGGGCCGUGGUGCCGUGCGGUCAUUAUUCGACUCUUUCAUCCUUGAUGGCCCUAACGGGCGGCAUCAAUGUCUAGUGCAUCAGCCUUUAUGGGAGAGCGUGCUCGCAGUCAAACAUCGCAAUCCUGCCGGAAGACUGCCAGCGUCUGUUUUGGCCCACAUUCUCAAGCGCUUGUUUCACGCAUUGGACCUUCUACAUCAAGAGUGCCAUGUCGCACAUACCGACAUUAAAGAGGCAAAUAUCUUGCUCGGAGCCGAUAAAUCUGUCCUGGUGCAAUUCGAAAAAGAUGAGCUCAUGGAGCCCAGUCCUAAGAAGGAACUCGACGACGGUGUGGUUUACGUGAGCCGUGAAUUGGGCAUACCCAAGGAAUUUGGAGAACCUAUGCUGUGUGACUUUGGUUCAGCUGUGCCGCUCGAUGAUGGAAUCGAGCACCGCGAAGACAUCCAGCCCGAUGUCUAUCGCUCUCCAGAGGUUAUUUUGGAAAUUCCGUGGACGUACAGCGUCGAUAUCUGGAACGUGGGCUGCAUGGUAUGGGACGCUUUCGAGGGAGAGCACCUCUUCACUGGCCAGGACCCACUGGAGAACAAGUAUCGUGGACGGGCUCAUCUAGCUGAGAUGAUUGCUCUCCUCGGACCUCCGCCGCCCAGUCUCCUUGCUCGAGCCAAACUGAGAGAUAAGUUCUUUUCCGACCAAGGUGAAUUUUCCGUAGGAAUCCCUCUACCUGCCUCCAGAUCACUUGAGGAACGAGAAACGACCCUUCGAGCAACAGAGGACAAUAAUGAAGAAGACAGGGCAUCUUUCCUCCGCUUCAUGCGGAAGAUGCUACAAUGGGAACCCGAGCAGCGGAGCUCCGCCCGGGACUUGGCAGAGGACGAGUGGAUUCUUCGACAUACUACAUGAAAGCAAAGUUCAAUUUGCAUACGCCGCGUUGGCACAGUUGCAAGUCGCAAUGUCUCUUUUUUUGAGAGAGAGAGAGAAAGCGGUGUAGGAAGUGCGCUGGAAGUUUUAAUAAUAGAUUUUGGUCUAUAGUGGUGGUCUGGUGUGUGGUCUUGUGUGUGUGCUGUCUCUACGCUGUAUACUACUGCAGCGUACUAUAUUGUACAUAUUAGACGA